AGUUGGAAUUGCAUGAUGGCAGAGAAAAUAAUUGCCGGGAAUCAGACGGGUAUUCAGUCCCUCCGAGGCUUCUCAGGAAGGAAGAUGGAUCUCUCCAUGGUGAUGCUGACAUUUGCGAUCUGCUUCCUCCUUUGCCUGGUGGCGCUCAUUUAUCGUGAUGUCCGAAGUAUAGAUCUCCCUCCAGGAAUUGAUGGACCUUUCAAACUCUUCCUAAUUUCCAUUACGUUACAUUCAAGCAUACGGAUGGGAUCUAUUUUGGAGAAGUUGAGAAUCUGUGCAACACCGACAUUCCUUAAAUGGAGUAGCUCUGCAGUGCCAGUAUGGAGUGAGCCCAGACUCUUCACUAUCGACACAAAAUUUGACACUGUGACUGUGAGGAUUUAUCAGCCAAAGGGCCUAUCCACAGGACAGAGAGGAAUUAUCUACCUGUAUGGAGGAGCUGGCUUAUUAGGGAGCAUAAGAGCUUAUCAGAUGCUGUGCCGCUACCUUUCCAGAGAAAGUGAAUCCGUGCUUUUGUGUGUUGGGCAACGUUUGGGUCCUAAGCACAAAUGUCCUGCACAAAUCAUGGACUGCAUCACCGCCACAGAAUAUUUUUUGAAAAAUGCAAGUGAUUAUGGGGUAGACCCUAAUCGUAUUGUCAUUGCUGGUGACAGCACUGGGGGUGGAAUUGCUCCCCUUGUCUGUCAACAUCUGUUAACGAGAAAGGAUCUCCCAAAGGUCAGAGCCCAGAUCCUGCUCUACCCAAAUAUUCAAACAAUGGACUACAACUUGCCAUCUUAUCAGCAAAACCAAAAUGUCCCCAUCCUCUUCAAGAAAUUGACUGCCGAAUUUGACCUCAGGUUUAUGAAUGUGAAGCUAGCAUAUUUGGAUCAAGUCCUGAAGGGGGCCCAUGUUUCCGAAGAAAUGAAGAUGAAAUACGGGAAAUGGAUCCAUGCAGAUAACAUCCCGGAUGAGUUUAAAGUCAGGGGCUACAAACCACCCCCGCCAGUCCCAUUUUCAAAGGAGCUGCACGAAAUGAUGAAGGAUUCUUUUGAGCCAAAGUACUGUGCUCUUCUAGCGGAAGAUGACAUUGUGCGUCAGCUCCCUGAGACGUAUUUGUUAACCUGCGAGUAUGAUGUGCUUAGGGAUGAUGGUCUGUUAUACAAAAAACGGUUGGAGGACAACGGAGUGCCAGUAACUUGGCAUCAUGCAAAGGAUGGAUUCCAUGGGAUUCUAAGUUCAGUUGAUUGGUUCUUUGAAUGGCCAUGUGCAAGGGUGGCAGCAGAGCGUGUCAUAAGCUUCAUAAAACGAUUCUGAUCAAAGAUCUGUUCUCUUUCCCGCAUAAAGACCUUUCAUUUUAUUGCAUGCAGUGCACUUAAAGAAAAGGUUGUGAAAAUGAUGUACAGAUUGUAUUUAACACCAGUUAAGUUGGCUAAAAUGUACAAGACAAGAACUAAUGAGUGCUGGAAAUGUAAGGGAAGGGAAGGUAUCUUUUACUACAUGUGGUGGACAUGUAAAGAGGUAAAGGCUUUCUGGGAAAUGGCAUGUAAUGAGUUAAAGAAAACGUUUAAAAAUACUUUUGUUAAAAAACCAGAAGCCUUUUUACUGGGUGUAGUGGGUGAAGAGAUACUAAGGGAAGAACAAAGACUGUUUAUGUAUGCAACAACCAUGGCAAGAAUUCUUUUAGCCCCCAAAAUUGAAACAAGAAGUACCAACGAGAAAAGAGUGGCAGAUGAAGAUGAUGGACUUUGCAGAACUCGUGAAGCUGCAGGAAAAAUCCAAAACCAGCAUGAUCAAGUAAAAUAAAAAAAUUCCUUCAGUAGCACCUUAAAGACCAACUAAGUUUUUAUUUUGGUAUGAGCUUUCGCAUGCACACGAAAGCUCAUACCAAAAUAAAAACUUAGUUGGUCUUUAAGGUGCUACUGAAGGAAUUUUUUUAUUUUACUUCGACCCAGACCAACACGGCUACCUACCUGUAACAUGAUCAAGUAAAGCAUUGGAGUAAAUUUAUAUGAUACUAGCUGGCCCGGCCAUGCGUUGCUG